AUGGCUGAACGCAGCGAGUCUUCAUCAGCGGCGGCGCCGACUGCAUUAUCGCCUUUGGCUGGGCCGGUAAACAAGUUCAGCAACGACGGAUCAUUCCUGCGGCAGUUCAAGCGAAGCCAGCUCGUUGAAAAGGACGAGGAAACCAAGAAGAAGGAGGAGCUUCAAGCGUCGAAAUCUCGGGGCAAGCGCAAAAAGGUCGUCGUCAGCGUCGACUCGGUGGCGAAAAAGUCAAAGACCCAGGAUCUCGAUUCCAAGGAGGCAAACGCCUACCUCCAGGAGAUGCAGUCGUACUCGGAUCGCCUCACUGUCGGCAGCGGCAGUGGUGUGCGUCCCUUGGUCAAGUAG